ACCAUACUAAUUACUUGGGGAGAGAGAAAAAAAAAUUAAGGGGAGGAGCCAAGUUAGAAAAAUAUUAUGUUCAGUGCCGCCUCUCCUAUCCUUUUCUGUUCAGAUAGAAGUUAUCAAGUCAUCCACUACUUUUAUAUAAUAAUGAAAAGUCUUCAAUAAUGUUGUUUAUAUGAAGUUGGUGCCAAAAUACAAUUGCAAAAACAAGCAGAAGUAGCAAUGGAGAAGGCUGACAGUCUUCAUCACUGUCAUGCUCACAAAGUGAAGGCACUUCUGAAUAGAACACAUUCCCUUUUUCAUAUCUUUGCUUUACUUGCCAUUUUCCAUUACAGAUCCACCUUUAUCUUUAACAAUUUAGCCACCCCUUUGUUACCAUGGCUUCUGAUAUUUGGUGCUGAGCUUCUGUUUUCACUGGUUUGGUUCUUGAAGCAGCCCUUCUACUGGUGGCCCGUUACUCGGACCACCUUUCCGCAGAGGCUGCCGCCUCAGGAUCACCAUUUACCUGGAAUUGAUGUCUUUAUAUGCACAGCUGAUCCUAACAGGGAACCCACCUUUGAGGUGAUGAAUACUGUUAUAUCUGCCAUGUCUUUGGAUUAUCCUGCUCACAAAUUAAGUGUUUAUUUAUCUGAUGAUGGAGCUGCUUCUGUCACAUUGAGUGCUAUCAAAGAGGCUUGGGUGUUUGCAACUUGGUGGUUGCCUUUCUGUAAGAGGUAUAAUGUUAAGACAAUUUGUCCCAGGGCUUUUUUUCAGAAUCCACAACAACAACACCCAACUCAUACCAAGGACUUCAUUCAGGAUAUGAACACACUUCAGGAAAAAUACGAGGCUUUUAAGUUGCGAGUGCAAAAGAAGUCAGGCAGUUGUGGUGGUUCUAAGACGAGUGUUCAAGAUCAUCCUUCACUUAUUCAGGUGAUAGAUGGGAAGGCUGUACAAGAUUCUACUGCAGCCAUUAAUCCAGAUGAAGUAGUCAUGCCUUCCCUUGUAUAUGUUGCCCGUGAAAAAAGACCUUCUCAUCCACAUCACUUCAAGGCCGGAGCUCUUAAUGUUCUACUCAGGAUUUCUGCCACAUUCAGCAACUCUCCUUACAUACUAGUUCUAGACUGUGAUAUGUAUUGCAAUGAUCCAAUUUCAGCUCGACAAGCAAUGUGUUUCUAUCUUGAUUCCAAGAUUUCACCUACCUUAGGCUGGGUUCAAUAUCCACAGAUGUUCCAUAAUGUUCAUGAGAAUGACAUCUAUGACAGUCAGAUGAGGUCUUUUUGGAAGGUUUAUUGGCUAGGGGCAGAUGGACUUCAGGGGCCAGUCAUAUCUGGUACUAACUUUUACAUCAACAGGAAGGCCUUGUAUGGCAUUAACAUCUAUAAUGGUAAUGACAUAAUAAAGGAAGCAAGAAACAUAUUUGGUCUUUCCAAUGAGUUGAUCAAGUCUCUAAAGCAACAAAAUGACAUGCCUAAUGAAAUCAAGCACAGAGAGCUGUGCUCUAUUCCAGUACAAGAAGCCCAAUUUUUAGCCUCAUGCACUUAUGAAGAGAACACUAAAUGGGGUCAAGAGGCUGGUUUUCGGUAUGAAAGUGUGGUGGAAGAUGCAAUGACAGGUUUUAUGUUGCAGAGCAAAGGAUGGAGAUCAGUUUACUUGUAUCCAGCAAGGCCACAAUUUCUAGGUUCCGCUACAACUAAUCUGAAUGACUUUUUGAUUCAAAGUACCAGAUGGACCUCAGGACUUGUUGAAAUAGGCCUUUCCAAAUAUUGCCCCCUUUUCUACAGUCCUUCAAGAAUGCAACUUUUACAACGGAUAUCUUCUUCCUGGAUCACCUUAUACCCCCUUGGUUUUAUAUCAGUUUGGUGCUUUGCUACCAUUCCUCUGAUUACUUUCCUCUUUGGCAUCCCUUUAUACCCUAAGGUUUCAAACCCAUAUUUUAUAGCGUACGCAUUUGUUUUUACAUCAUCCUUGGUGAAGCUUCUAUGUGAAGUUGUUGCCACCAGAGAGUCAGCAUCAACUUGGUUGAACGAACAGAGGAUUUCUAACUUGAAGUGGCUAACAUGCUGUGGUUAUGGAGUUGUUGACAGUGUAAUGACGAAACUCAGAGUUCGAGAGGCAAGUUUCAUACCUACAAAUAAAGCAGAGGACAGUGAUAGAGCUAAGUUAUACGAAAAGGGCAAAUACGACUUUAAUACAUCAAACAUGUUCCUUGUUCCACUUGUGACAGUGGUCUCCUUAAACCUAUGUUGUUUCAUUGGAGGAGUUGCAAAAUUAGUGAGCGGUGUUGGAAAUUGGGAUGCAUUGUUUGUUCAAGGUUUCCUCUCAUUUUAUGUGUUGAUCAUGAGUUAUCCAGUUAUGGAAGCCAUGUUUGUGAGGCAGGACAAUGGGUGUAUUCCAUUUUCUACUACUUUGACAUCUACCGCGAUUGUUGUGGUUUUACUGAGCUUUGGAUAUUUGAUCUUGUUGUGAUGGCCUGAGUAGACAAUUAAUCACAGGUCCACAACAUAAAUGCAUGUAUUGCUACUAUCUAAAUGUAUGGUUGGCCAUGAAUUCUGAAUGAAAUUUCAUACCUAAUUUAAGUCUU